UUUGACCGGUCUUAUGGGGAAGUCCCUUGCACACGUUUUGUUGGGUGCUCGGAAUCAUUUUAUGUCAUUUUAUGACGAAUUUUAUGUUACAUACCGUAACGUUAUAGAAUCAUGUCGCAAAAAGUUCUGAACACAUCAAGCAGGUUUAAACGGUUGGAUCGCGUGUCUAACGUUCAUGAAAGGAAGCUUCUUACUGAAGACGGGUAUUACUGGAAAGGAUUGCAGUUUCCUGUCACAGUAAAGGAAUUUGGAGCAGUUACACACAUUGACAUUCAACCAACACAUCCUCACAACAUUGCUGUUUCGUCAGCAACUCGUAUUCAAGUAUAUCAUCAUGAAACUAGUGAAAGAAUUAAAACCUUCUCAAGAUUCCAUAACACUGUAUAUGGUGCAAGUUAUCGCAGGGAUGGAAAAUUAAUAAUUGCAGGAAACGAAGAUUCUAAUGCAAGAUUAUUUGAUACAGAAGGACGUGUUCCAUUGAGAAUUUUUAAAGGUCACACAAGGCCAGUUCAUGUUUCCAAAUUUUGCAACAACCUUACUCAUGUUUUUACUGGGGGUGACGACAAAACAGUGAGAGUGUGGGAUGUUGCAACAGAAAAAUCAAUCAACAAAUUCUCAGAACACGAGGACUAUAUUCGUACCGGAGCCAUUUGUAGAUCGAGCGCAGAUAUUAUUGCAACAGGUUCCUAUGAUCAUCUUGUCAAAUUAUACGACACAAGAACAAAUUCAUCUAUACUUUCUGUUGAUCACGGUCUACCUGUCGAGAGUAUUCUUAUAUAUCCUUCUGGAAGUAUAUUGCUUAGCGCAGGUGGAAACGUAAUUAAAGUCUGGGAUAUUCUGCAAGGAGGAAAAUUGUUGACAAGUUUUAGUCAUCAUCAUAAAUCUAUAACAUGCAUGUCAUUCAAUCACAAUUGUUCAAAAAUAUUAUCAGGAUCAUUAGACAAGCAUGUUAAAAUAUAUGAUGUUGGUUCAUAUAAUGUUGUUCAUAAUGUUGAUUAUCCAGCUCCAAUAUUAAGCUUGGCUAUAUCAAAUGAAGAUAAAACUUUAGCAGUUGGUAUGGUCGAUAAGAUGCUGUCGAUCAGGAAACGAAAAAGUGAUAAAACUAAAGAAGUUGAUGAAUCAAAAAUGUCUCUGAGACGGAAAAAACAAGAGAGUCUUUAUUAUAUUCGGGGAAAAGACUAUAUGCCGAAUGAAGAUGAUAUUGUAAUCUAUCACAAGCAAAAAGAGCAAUUACCAAAAUAUGACAAAUUCUUUAGAAAAUUUCAGCAUAGCAAGGCCCUUGAUGAAGCCUUACAACCUCGGGUGAUGCCAGAAGUUACAGUCGCUGUUUUCAAAGAAUUAAUAAGAAGAGGAUGCUUGAAAUCUGCCAUGGCUGGAAGAACCAAUAUUAAAUUAACAAAUUUAUUAAAAUUUCUAAUAAGGAAUGUUACUAAAAUAAGUUUUACGUCCACACUUCUCGAAGUAUCUGAUGUAUUAGUUGAUCUGUAUUAUCCUGAAAUACAAGAUCACCCACACUCGGUUAGAAUGCUUUUCAUCAAACUGCGAGACAUUGUAAAAAAUGAAGCCGAACUACACAGACAAAUGUUUUCUCUUGUUGGAUGUUUGGAUGCAUUGCUGGCCACUCAUGCAAGGACUGAAAAAGACAUUACUAAACUUACAAACGCCUCAGAUCCAAUUGAGAUUUCUGAAAAAUAAAAAUCUUUUUUAAAGUGUA